GCACAGAAAAGUAAUCAAUUAAUUCACAGCUGAGCUAUCACUUGUGUGUGUCGUGUGUAUUCCGUCUUAAUUGAAGUAAAUUAAAUUAUAUUGCAUUAAACAAAAUGUCCUACGGCGGAGGCUACAAUCCCUACGCUCAGCCUGGCGGUGGCUAUGCUGCUCCCCCUGGAGCAUUUCCCCCACAAAAUGCACAGGUGUCGCCACAAGCUCAGCAAUGGUUUGCUAUGGUGGACAGAGAUCGAUCGGGCAAGAUCAAUUCCAAAGAGCUCCAGGCAGCCCUGAUUAAUGGGCGUGGACAGCAGUUUUCGGACAACGCAUGCAAACUCAUGAUAAGCAUGUUCGACAACGACGCCAGUGGCACCAUCGAUAUCUAUGAGUUUGAGAAGCUCUACAACUAUAUUAAUCAAUGGCUGCAGGUCUUUAAGACCUACGAUCAAGAUGGAUCCGGUCAUAUCGAGGAGGGCGAACUGACGCAAGCCUUCACUCAAAUGGGUUUUCGCUUUACGCCGGAAUUUAUCAAUUUCCUGGUGAAAAAGAGUGAUCCUAAUAACCAUAAAGAGGUCUCGGUGGAUCAGUUCAUUGUGCUGUGCGUGCAGGUUCAGCGCUUCACGGAGGCAUUUAGACAACGGGACACACAACAGAAUGGCACCAUUACCAUUGGCUUCGAGGACUUCUUGACCGUUGCCAUUGGCUGUUCAUACUGAAAACAGUUCCAGGACUCGUUGACGAUCAACUUGUAAAUCUGAAAUACGCCGCACACACUCAACCAAGAGCCUUUACAGAUGCAAAUCUUAUUCCGUGUUUUGUUUUUUAAAUGUGCAAUUUUGUAUUUUUUAGUGGUGUAUGUUUCGACUUGUUAUCUCCUCCUCAACUCGCCAAUCACUUUUGUAAUCUCCUCUGAAACACAUCUAGUAUUGUUGUUAUUGCAGUUUAAAACACAAUAAGUACAAAAGAAUCACAAUAAAAGUAAUGCAUACAUAAUA